AUGAUAAGGCGACAAUCUCUCGGCCAAACCGAGACGUUGUACUCCGACCGGCGAACCGUUCGUCGGCGUCGGCGUCGCCGUCGGCGUCGCCGUCUCCGCCAACUCGACGUCAACGUCGACAUUCGACUUUAUCGCCAACGUCGUCUUCACGCCGCCGUCCGCCUCCCCAUCACUCUCAGCGUCGGCGUCGACGUCAACGUCAACGUCGCCGUCGCCGUUGACAUUGACGCCGGACUCCGACAAUCGCAAGUAGCCGUUCGCCUCGGACGCGUCGGACAACAGAGACGGACUUCUUCUGCUCAUCUCUCCGGCGGAGCUCGACAACUUGACAAAGUUGCCGACAGACGUCGACCCAAUCAGGCUGCUCGUCGUCAACAUGGCUCACGGUUGCUCAACGCCCGCCCGUACAGCCGGUGCAGCCUCGUGGCUGUACCCUCCCUCCGGCAGGUUGACGUCACGGUUGACUUGACUUGUCGCACGACACGGCAGACGUCUGGACGACUCGGCUUGUCAACACACUCUGGCACAGUCGCAAAAUGA